AUGGCUGCUGGAGGUCAAACUUGGAGUAAGUUUAAAGAUAAAAUGAAGGAGCUGCGCCAAGGGAAGAGAGCCAAGAAGGAUUCUAGUAAGGCAGCCAAAGAGCUUGAGACCUUAGUUGUACAGCGCCUUAGCGCAGAGGUUUCGGGAAAAGCACAGAAAUACUCUCGAGUUGGUGCGCGCGAGUUCGUGUCCUUCGAAGACUUCGACGAAAUCUCCAUCAGCAACAUCAAGAGAGCUUGCAUGAAGCACUUCGGUAUGUUGGAAACGAUGUCAUGCGAUGUACUCGCAGGGGAGCAAGGGCCAUCUUGUUACUCGCUAAAACAGUUACCAAACUUGAAAGUAAUCCACGUGCGAUUCAUUGAGGGUAAAGUCCAAGACGCUCCGGUUGAAGUUCUCUGUGAGCGGCGGAAGAGAAAGAUCGACGACAUUUCCGAGGGUGAUAAUGCUGAACAUGGGAAGGCAGCGGUUGCUGUGGCAUCGCUACCACAACGGGUGUCAUCACAAAGCCCUAGCAAGUUUGUUCCGCGGAGCCUGUCCGUGGUUGACAUGCUAGGAUUGGGAAAGCUCAUCCCAAAUACCACAACCUCUGUUGAGAUGUUCAAUUUUGACAUGUCGGUAAUGGCGUGGACCGGAAGACCAACUGCCGUGGAGUUUUCUAUUGAAUCCCAGCCAUUUGGAACAGGUGGAUUUCGGAAGGCCUUUAAAGCGACUUCUAAUGACAGAGGAUUCCAAGGCUCUACGUGGGUGGUGAAGAGAUAUCUAGAAAAGGCUUCGGAAGAUAUCAUUGCCAUUGGACAGACACUGGAAGAACAUACAAAGAAGGUAGUGCAAAUGCACUACCUAGCACGGAAUUUCGCAGCUAAACUGAAAGAAGAGCUUAUAGCAAGCGAUAAUGAAAUCCUUUUUGGGGAGACCAUGAGUUACAAGAAGAUAUACAUGGGAACAAUUGACGGGGAAUAUGUAACGGUGGAAGAGUUUAUAGACGGGACAUUCCACAAAUAUAUCAACAACAAUGGGAACAUAUGCCAAGGCGAAAAUGCUGAUCCCUUGACCAAGAAGGCAGAGUGUCUAGCUCACUUCUCUUAUGAACGGUCACAGAAAGAGGUCAUGUUGCUGGAUAUACAAGGCUGUGGAAGUUGCCUUUUCGACCCAGAGAUUGCCAGCAAGCAGCUAGAUCCCAAGAACAUGCUGUUUUGUACAGGUAAUCUUUCCCACAAUGCCAUACAGAACUUCACUGCAAGCCAUAAGUGCAAUGACUACUGCAAUCUGUUGAAAUUAACUCCAUUUGAGUGA